AGAAAAAUAAUGAAAAUGUCUUGACAUGUCCAGUACCCAGAAACAGUGGAUUUAUAGACUACCAUCCAUAGCAAAGUAUCCAGGAUUAAUGGUUUCUAAAGGAAUACUCUCAGCUGCUAAUUGGAUCUUGGGUCCGCUUAUAUUCAAAAAGCAUAUUCCAGGAUCAGAACUAUGCACUGGUCAUGUUACUGGUACAUCCGGCUGGCUUCCGCCUCAAAGCUCCUGGGACGGCGGAGGGACCGGUGUUCCAUUUGGCUGGGAGGCUGCUGUAGAUAAAGAGGGUAGAACAUAUUAUGUCAAUCACAUCAACAAGACCUCGACAUAUGAGGAUCCUCGGAAAUGGGGCAGCGUGGAGGCCGAAGAAACACCAGAACCUAGAGAGGUAACUCUUGAGAGACACCCAGAGCUGGGGUUUGGUUUUGUUGCUGGGUCGGAGAAACCUGUUAUAGUCAGGUUUGUAACUGGAGGAGGGCCUAGUGUGGACAAAUUGAUGCCUGGAGACCAAAUAUUAACAAUUAAUGGAGAAGAUGUUGCCAGGGCGCCACGUGAUCACGUGAUACAACUAGUGCGUAAUUGCCGGGAAACAGUCUCACUGGUCGUCUGCCAACCACCCCUCGAUAAUAGUUCUAGUCGAAAAUCUGCCCUUCUGUCUGCUGCUAAGAAGGCAAAACUGAAAUCAAAUCCAAGUAGAGUUAGGUUUGCUGAAAGUGUGGAUAUCAACGGCUCACCGCUCUUCAAUCCAACCAGUCACAGUGCACUUACAUCAUCUGAUAGCGUGGUUCCUCUUAUGCCUAACGUUCUAAAGGUGUUUUUGGAAAACGGGCAAACUAAAUCUUUCAAAUAUGAUUCUUCUACUACUGUUCAGGAUGUUCUUGAUUCUCUUCAAGCUAAGCUUGGGUUGACCGCUAUGGGAAUCUUCUCCCUUGUUGUGGAGCACGUGAAGAGUUUAAAGAGGAACAAGUUGACCCUCUUGAAUCCCAGAGAUACGCUUUCAAAGAUCGCCUCCCGUCCUGGAGCUCAUAAUUUACGCUGUCUGUUCCGCGUAACAUUUGUUCCCAAAGAUGCGUACGAACUUCUGCGUAAAGAUUCGGUUGCCCUGGAAUACCUUUUUGUACAGUGCUGCAACGAUGUUGUUCAAGAACGGUUUGCCCCAGAAUUAAAAUACGAAGUAGCGCUGCGCCUGGCCGCCCUUCAUCUGUAUCAGCACGCCGUAGCUUCAGGACUAGCUUCAGGAAAUAAGGUGACAGUAAAAGGGGUUGAGAAGGAGUGUGGAUUGGAAAGAUUUAUCCCGAUCAGUUUGGUAGAUUCCAUAAAAAAGAAGGAAUUACGGAAACUGUUAGGACAUUUCCUAAAGCUGAACCAGAAUCUUGUAGCAAAUGGACAAAAGUCGUUAACUGGACUUCAGGCGAAACUGCAUUAUCUAAAGAUCAUUUCUGAGCUACCAAGCUACGGAGCUAAGUGCUUCUCAACAACCAUGAGCGAUUCUAGCAAUGAAACGGUAAUCCUGGUCAGUCAAAAGUUUGGUGUCAGUCAAAUAGACAGUAUGAGGAAUACAGUGCCAAUGAACCUGUGUGAUAUUGAAGAACUUCACCACGUUGAGGUCACUAAGGAGGACGAGGUCACACGCAGGGUCAACCUUCAUCUUAAAGAUCCAGAUAAAGAGAGUAUUAUUUUACUUCUGGAGGAGAGAGAUGCAGAAGAAUUAGUUCUUGUACUACAGGGCAAUAUGCAGCAUCUGGAGAUGCCCCAGGGCUUAGGUCUAUCGGAGGAAAAGGCCCCUCCUUAUUGCGGAGAGCACAGUGUCCGCAGCCAAGGUUGGAAUUACCCUCGAUCAGGAGAUAAUACUGCUCAUCCUGAUCAUUCAGUAGAUCUAGGAGCUCAUCCACCCUACCAUCCUCCACCUCCAGGUUUCAAGAUUCCUAGUCCUCAAGCUCCCUUGGUAGGUUCUGAUUCUGGUUCUGGUUCUGAUGGAGACACGAGUAUGGUCUCUAAUGGGGAACCAGGGAACCUGGAUAAAAACAAGAAUAUAACGAAUGAGGAUAACGCAAAUUUGACUGCAUCUCCGUACUCAACUUUUGGAGGGAGAUAUUCCAAAUCUGAAGGAGGUCCGGCCUCUAUCCUCAAGAAGAGAGGAGAGGAGAGGCUGGAGGCUAAGAACGAGGAGGUUAUCAGGAGAGUGGUGGAGAUGCAGCAUAUACUUCAAUCGACUGGACAGUAUUUGACUGACGGAGAGACAACAGAUGCAGAAUCCGUCCUGACUGAUAAAUCAUUGACUGGGUCGGAGAGAUCCUCGAACUAUGGAACCUUGAAACAUAGUGAUUCAUUGUUACUGCUCACUCAGGACCCAGAAGAUGAGGAGGAGGAAUACGACGUGACAGAACCGGUUCAAGAUCUCACUGAAACCAAGAUGGAACUAUCAAAACAAAAUGGCGGACCUGGAAAUCCUGCAAAAUCAAUGCUGAAGCAUAGUGAUUCCAGUUUUGGUCUACACAGCCCAGAUAGUUUUAAUGACGACGUUCAGAUGCUCCUGAGAAAGUUUCGAGAGAACCCGACCUUGAAUGAGAAUAUUAAAGAAAGAAACCUAGUUCUUGAUCCUGAUCUAAUUGAUCUAACAAUGAUACCUCCACCAAUGACCCCGGAUGAGGACGGGCCUUCAGGUCGAAUGUUUCCAGUUCCUACAAGUGCAGUCAGCACUCCUCCAACCCCAUUUGCAGACAGGGAAAGCCUUGAAGCUGAACUACUAGCUAUAGAACGAGAGAUAGGUAGCAUUAAACUAGCUCGGCAGCUAGAGAGGCUGAGAGACCCUGAAGAGAUAUCUAUCACUAGUCUAACAAUGCCAGAUUUGGUGGAAACCGAUGGUCCCACCUUAGCAGCUCUUCGGCAUCUCAAGUCUGAUGAUAUCGAUUCAUUUAUCGCAAAUAUGGCAGUUCCUCCUCCACCCUCUAGAGCUAAACUUGUUUACAAACAGUCCUCACCUAUCCUUGAGCUUACAACAGAAGAUAUUUCGGCCUUUAUCAUCCCCCCUCCCCCUGGACAAGGUAACCCAGGUGGGUCUAUGCCAAAUACUGAACGAGAAGUUCAAGAGAUGAAAGUCUCUAGGGAGGUGAAAGAUCUCAGGAAUCACAAACCAAACAGAGACUCCCCCAAGGUUGCGACCCUACAGGAAAGAAUAAGUCUUCUUAAAGGCCAGGAAGUGUCGGGUGGGAAGGAUAUGGCCCUAAGCCUGGUCAAGGAUAAAUUCGGAUAUCCAAUUAUAGAAAAGAAAAGUCCGCAUCAAGACCAAUCCCAGAGAAGCAAGGAAAAAUUGGAUGAAAAGCCCUCCUCUUCCAAUAUUCCCAAAGGUGGUGUUCAAAGUAAGAGAGAAAUAUUUAUGAGACACAUUAGUAGCCCGGACAUGCAUAAACCUUUUAUUAGAGUUGAAACUAGUGAAAUUCCUCCCCCACCACCUCCUAGAUCUUCUCUACCUAAACAAUACUCAUCAAGCACUUUAGGACGGAAAUCUACACCAGUUCGACCACCUAGUGGCCUGGUCAAGUCUAGUUCUCAGGAUGAUAUUAUGUUAAAUUCAGCUCCUGUGCAUAAGGUUCAUGUAAAAGCUAUGGCAUCUAAGCUGAAUAGUAAGAUAAGUACCUCUAUAGAAGAUCUUGACACUAAAAGAUCUCCGAGUAGUCCUUCUAAGAUGAGUAUGACCUCGAGUAGUGACUCAAUCUCAUCAUGUGCAUCAGUGAACACAGUUAAAUCAGUUUCUCCGGCAGAAGAGAACCCUCCUUCACUCCCUCCUCGCCCUUCUCCAGUUCGUGCUAAUCCUAGACCACCUCUCCCUCCAGUAGCUCCUGUAGCUUCUGUAGUUUCCCCAAAUAUACCAGAGAUUGGAUCUAAACUUGUUUCUAACAGUCCGUUCAAGACUGGACAAAUAAGUCCAAUUAAACCUGCAGUUAAUGGAUAUUCUGAACUGAGUCCUCCUCCCCUCCAUAUCCCGAGUAGUCCCAAACCAAUUCUUCCAUCCAGAGUUAGUAAACCAAUAUCUCCAACCAAACCUUCACCGGGAAGAGCCCUACCAGCUCCACCUGCUCCUCCUGGAACCUCUCCUGGUACAGUAAGACCAGCAGCUCCAACUCCACCAUCUAGUCCAAGACCUGGACGGAUAUCACAUCCCUCUCCCAGCCGUGCCAGCCCUAGUCCCCUAACACAGCGUAGAUCCAGUGAACAUACCAUUCCACUGAAAGCACCUCCGUCAACUGAAAGAUUAAGUCUUGGACGGAAACUUCCAGUUCCCCCGCCCAGUUCAUCACCCAAAUCUUCUCUUGGAUACUCUCAUUCUAACGGUUUAACAAGUCCAAGACUAAGCUCCAGGUAUUCUAACAACCCUCCCUCUGCAGGCUCAAGUCCUAAACCAAUACUCAAGAAAAACGGUCAGAUUAACGGUCAUGUGAACGGACACAUAUUUAACGGCCUUCAUAACGAUGUUUUCACAAAUAGUGAUUUUGAUCCUGAUGAUUCCCUUGAAGGAACAAGUGUUGAUGAACCUGAUUUAGAUAUUGAUGCACAGAAGCAUCGAGAACGUUUACUAGUAUUUAAGAAGGCUGAAAGUGUAGUUUCUCAAGUAAACCAACAUCUUCAAGACUCCCAAGCCUUGUGUUUUUCCAGUGAUAAACUCCGACAAAAUGAGGAGAAGUAUUUAAAAUCCAGAGAUCUUUUAACGACAGAAGCUCGGCAAUUUGUUACAGCGUCCAAACUCUUUGUAAAGUCGGCAACAGAGUCGGAAGAUCAACUGAUCGAGUGUCUAAAUCAUUGCGUGCAUAUGAUUGAUCGAAUUGGUAAUAUAUCCAGAGAUUGUGCUGUGUACUCUGUGACCCCGAGCCAGACGGUCAACCUAAUUGCCAAAGUCCAAGAUGUAGCAAAAACCUACCUUCAAACCUUACAGGCUGCAAGUAUGGCAAUUGGUCGUGAUAUGAACGAUCCCUCAAUGAAUAUUCUUAUGAAGAAGGCAACUGCACUAGCUGGAGUCCUCACAACCCUCAUGCGGUCCCUCAGGGUCUUUAGCUAGAUCCUCCCUACCCUUAGGAUCUUUAGCUAGAUCCUCUCUACCCUCAGGAUUUUGAGCUAGAUCCUUGACAAUAUCCUUAUGAUCUCUAUCAUGAUGUAAUCCCUGCUGUAAAAAAAUGAUAUUGCGAAAUUUCAAUGCAAACUUUCUAAUCCAAAAUAUUUAUUUAAAAAACUGGUAAAAUUCUCUUUCCCGGGGUUAAAUUGUGAUAGCUCAAGUGUCUCUUUACUGCAUUUACACCUAAGGUUACCAGUAUAUAAAGCCAAUUUGCAUAUAGAUAUUUAUUAUGUGAUAUCUUUAACUGUAUAACUAGUCGUUAAAAUUCCUCCUUUUCGCUCUUGAUUAAACCUUUUAAACAUGUUGAUUAUUAUUAAUGAUAAAAUUCAUACAGUGUAUAUAUAAAAUAAUUUAUG